UAUAUAAGGAAAUCUUGAUGUCCACUGCCUAAAAGAGAUCGACCUGUCACCGCUCUGUCCAAUCAGCUUUCUUCACCCUUGGAUACCCAUCUCGAGAUACCAUGCCCUAUUAAUUACUCGAAAGCGCUAAGAAUCCCGGUUCGUGGACUCUCCGCAUUCAACAUGGUUUCUCACGGAGCAUGCGUUGCAUCAUCAGGAGUGGGUACGGAGAUGACUGCUAGAGAGGACUUGGUGCUAUAUAACACGACGCUUCUUCUACGGGCCCCCUUAUUACGUCCUUUCCAAAGGACUUCGUGAGCCCUGUCAGGUGACCAAGAGUGAAUACUUUAUUCUGUACUUGGCGUUGUAGAUCAAAUUAACAACAUGCGUUGGUUGACGACAUUUUCGGCAGUAGCUGCCUUGGCAAGCCAAGCUUUGUCGCAGGACGCCCCGACAUUCCCUUUCCCAGCAAGCUGCUCCGGUGUAGCUGCGGCCCGAUACCCAUACACUCUUGACGCGGGUUGGGAAGCCACCAAGAUUGCUAGUGGUCUUCGUCAACCACGAACCAUCAUUUUCGACAACCUUGGCCACAUGCUAGUGCUGCAAGCCACCUCCGGUAUCUCGGUUCACACCUUUGGCGCAGACGGCUGCAUCAACAGCACCAAGACCCUUGUUCAGAACUCCGGUCUAAACCACGGUCUCAGCCUCACUCCCGAUGGCAAGACCCUCUACGCUAGCUCCCAGACGACAGUUUGGUCGUGGACCUACGACGCGACCGCGUUGACGCUGACCGGUCAAAAGACCAUCGUUGCCAGCAUUGGUCAGGGUAUUCACUCGACCCGAACAACCGUCGUUUCACCCAAGAACCCGAACUUGAUCCUCGUCUCUGUUGGUGCUGCCGCUAACUGGGACAACCCAACUAUUGACCCCAGUGUCGGCCGUGCCAUUGUCAAGGUCUUCGAUGCGAGCAAGGCGCCUUCUAACGGUUACUCAUUCAACAGCCAGGGAACCGUUUUGGCUUAUGGUCUACGUAACGAAGUUGCUCUAGCCUUUGACCCGAACGGCCACGUAUGGGGUGCUGAGAACAGUGGUGACGACUUCAGGAGAACCGUCAACGGCCAGUCGACGGAUAUUCACAUUGACAACCCUGCCGAGGAGCUGAACUACCUUGGUGACCCCGAGAAACCCUUCACCGACAACUGGUACGGCUACCCGACUUGCUUCACCGUGUGGGAGCCUUCCAACUUCCGUGACAACACUGCGCUUAAGACUGGUUCGCAAUUUGUUGUCUCGCCCAACACGACCUUUAACGACGCCUCGUGCGAUGGCAAGUCACGACCACCCCGCCUAUCGUUCCCCGCUCACAUGGCCCCCAUCACCAACGGCUUCGACCCCAAGGGGGAGAACCUGUACAUCACCUUCCACGGCAGCUGGGACCGUCAGCCCGCUCAAGGUUACUUCGUAGCCGAGGUUCCCUUCCAAAAGGGUGCCGAUGGCAACUACGAGCCCACGGCCGCGGCAGACAGCAAGACCGGCUACAAGAACAUCAUCGGCUCCCAGAACCCGGGUGGUUGCAACUCGCCCUCGCUAACCACGAGCUCGUGCUGGCGUGUUGCUGGUCUCAGCUGGGACCAGGCUGGUGAACGUCUGUUCAUCAGCUCUGACAACUCGGCCCAGGGUGAGAUCUUCGUCCUAAGGAAGAAGGCCUAAAUGGAUUAGGUAGUUAAAAGGGUAGGCGAGUACAUAGUAGAUGAAUGAGUGUGUAUGAUGGAGGAGACAAGGCAGGCUUCGGAAAUUAAUUUGGGGGCCUCGUUAGACUUCUAUCUCCCUCGCUUUUGUACGUAAAGGUUUCGAGACGGUCGCCGAACAUUUAAUAAAAA